GAAAAACCUUUUUUCCCAGCAGGAGAAGCCAGUCGUCACACUCACCCAGAACAAGGAGUAGGGCGUGGAGUACCACGGUUUUUCCAAGCAGGAGUCUCUUCGUCUGGAGAGACACCAAGAACUACGUCCAACUACUACGACGCGUCGGCAUCUCCGGCUGCAGCCUCGUCGAGGACACCUGCAGGAACAAACCGGAGCUCGCGAUUGAACUUUUCAUCUGAUAAGUAUGGUGGUGGAACGCGUAACGGGGACAGAUCUGUUGGCGGAGGUGGUACUACUACUAGCGAAGAUCUUCACUACCAGAGCAGGAGAGACAGUAGAAAAAGCACGCCUGCUGCAGGUUCAACUUCAAACUAUAUUGCUUUUAAGAACGCUAGAUGGGAUUCUCAGUAUCAUGUAGGUCGUCAACGGGAUCAACCGAACUACAUUGAGGAACAUCAUCACCAUCAGCAGUACCAGAAUAAGGUAGGAAGCCCACUGCUAGGGAGAGGCGUAGCUGUUGCAGGGCAACUAGUGCCCGACGUCGAUUCUGACGACAAUUGCGACGAGCGUCGUGGAAAGAUGAACCAGCAGAACGAGGAUAGCAGAGGGAGCGAGGGAAGAAGGGAGGAGGGAAAGAGGCGGACCACAACCUCUAGAUCGACUUCACCCAGAGACGCGAAAAACGAAGUAGAUGAUGACGCGGAUCUUGUUGACAUGAUGCCACUGCCGCGGAUAAACGAAGUAGAUGAUGACAUGGAUCUUGUUGUUAAGGCUCACAACAAUUCAUCUUAAGAAGCAUCUUUGAGCCCUGUGUGUCUUAAGGGGAGACUACGUCAAACAUGCACUCAAAGAUGAAUAUAUGCGAGAUCUAAUGUUGACAUGAUGCCACUGCCGCGUAUUCGCAAGGCUGCUCCGCGAACGAUUCAUGUCCCUCUCGUGCGGCCCCCUCAGCAAAAGCAACGACCGUCCCGUUCGAGAAGCCGCAGUCAAUCUAUGCGACGAAGAGACGGAUCGUCGAAAGGAGUAGAACAAGAACAUGAAGAACCAAGCGACGAUCAGGUGAUAGCAAGACAGCGUCCUGUAGUUCCUCGCGGUCGGCAGAGCGGUCGUCAGAGUAGUACGACUACAACUACUAAGAAUAGGAGUAGGACGAUGAAUGGUUACAACGGAGGUAACAUCCAACGGAAAGAUAGACCGAGCAGUCGUGGUCAGCAAGGAGAUUCUCAACAACUCCAGCGCAAUCAUCUGAAUCUUCCUUGCCGUCAGACUGAACAUCAAGAAGAGCGAGACGGAGAAAAAAGUGGUCCUUCCUCAAGAGAGGACAAGUCUAGGUCUCCGAGUGUUAUCGACAGGACAACAAGAUUCUCAAGGACAAAAAAUCAUAGUGCGAACAAGCAGGAGGAGCAUCAUCGCAUCAAGGUUCAACACAUCAAGAACAGCAGGAGACAGUUCGAGUUUGAGAAUGAUGACGAUGAAGAGUUGAUCGAACUUCCACCUCGUCGCGGCCACCGGAGGAAUCAUAAUAGAAGACAUUCGCCGGAUCGGCAAAAAGGUGAUGGGAGUACUAAAUCUUCGAAUACUUCUACUUCAUCUACAAAUUAUAACACGGAAAAAGAGAAUCCAGUUGUAAAAAAUAGCCAUGUCCCUCUCGUCCCUUUUAAGGUGAUGAACUCCACCAGCUCCAUGAACGACAAGUUGGAGGAGAGAGAAGACCACGAUACCACGACCAGCCAAAAUUAUAAGUUGACCACGAACAAGAGGAGACGUCGUGGAGAUUCGCCAACGCCAACCUCUGCUGGUGCCGGAGAUCCACGAGAUCAACAUGCUCCCUCCAAAGCUGCUAAGACCACUUCUAAGCAUAAGAAAAAGCCGACUCGUGUGUACAACGCUGCGGCAGAAACGACCGACGCGGACUCGUCAAAGUUUCGCAUCGUUGAGCUCCUAUCCUGAAGCGUGUCUGGAACAAACUGUAGUUAGUUUCAUUCAGAAGUAGGGGUACCACUCGACUAGGGAGGUUGCUUGUUCUUGAUUAGAAGGUUCACAAGACGACCUACAGUCUAUUCCUCUCUUCAUUUUUAGACCAUGUUUCUGCUCGAUGAUUCCUAGAGGUAAAAUUUGAUCUCACCAGUCUUCCAGACUCCCACGAUCAAUUAUACCAACAUAGAUACCAAAAGACUUAAUCGUAAUCCACCUGUACAAAUGGAAAAUAUGGCACUUUUGCGGGGUCCACGACCGAUAUACUACAUAGUUCCUCCAUACCAGAUCCACAUUAGCGUGUCUUUAUUAUACUCUAAAAAACUAAUCAUUCAUUGUUCCCAGUCCCACCAGAAUGAUAGAUGUAUUCAUUGACGAGGAUUAAUAGGGAACAGAUUACUCCUAAUACUGGAGAGUUAUGUCUAACUAAUUAUCAAGUCUCCAGUUAUUUUUGAUCUUAUUUCUUGAUGGUUAAUCUUCAGGAGCAAUAAGAAGAAUUAUUAAGAUUUAAGAAGAUUCUUUCAUUGGUCAUUGGGGUUGAUCUCUAACAUUAAAGAGGAGACCGGCUGAGAGAACAGAGGAAAACUAAGGGAAAAGGGCGAAGCUCUGUAAGGGGCCUUGUCCCUUCAGCAUCAGUGACCAGUGAAUUUCGACCUUUAAAAGAUACUGUAUAACUCCCUGAUCCAGAAACCAGAAAUUAGAUAUUGUAUAACUUUCCAAGUUUGUUGAUUAAGCUGCAUCAAAAACCUCGAUUACAUCAUAGGUGUCUUAGCAUAAGUGUCUUAACAUGAUGGCGCAUCAUUAAUUAAACCCUUACGUCUUGUGUCCUGGUCUUUUAGAUUUAGUAAAAAGUAGGGAGCUCAGUUGGACGAGUUAGCGUUACUCAGUUGGAGUUAGCGUUGCUUACUAACUUACUUAUAAAAUAAUGAUGUUUGAUGGACUGAAAUGGAGAUGGUGAAAUGUUUGACACACUGACUAUUCAAGAGGUUUCAGUCACAAACUGAUACUUCUAUCAAAAGAUGAUUUAUUGAAAUAACAUUGUCACCAGUUGUUCUACUUGUACGUCUGCCAACAACACCAGCUGAUCUCUAUUUUUCACUGAAUAUUUGGCGUCAAUGGCCGAGUUGUAUGGUCGUUAGGGAUGCAGAAUGAUGCUCAUGUUUAUUGUAUUUCAAUCCAGGGCGUGGAACAGGAAGUGUUUCAUCACUCCAAGGGCUGACCUAGCCUUCACGACUCAUGAUGACGGCACGCACCAUCAGCAGGCUAUGAUCUAGCAGUAUACACAUAGAGACUGUCUGGAGCCAUGGCUCCUGCAAUCAAGCCAGAAAUCUUCUAAGUACCUAGUUGUAAAUGAAAAAUAUAAGGGAAAUGGCAAUGGCAUCAUGAGGCUGAUUAUUUUUAUCUGAUUUUUUUUUUCAUGUCAGAUGCUCGUACUGGGUGUGACAUCUAUUCAUCCAGCGACUAAGACGACCUAUCGUCCUGUCUUCCGGGGACGAAUCGGCCGUCUAGAUACAUAUUUAUAGCGACUAAGACGACUAGUACCUUGAUAUUAGGUACCUACUGCUACUGCUACUAGCUACAUAAAAAAAAAAUAGUGACCAUCCUAUGAUUUUGUUCUAGUCCCCUUCCAUCCCUUCGUGUCUUAAAUUAAUCCCUUUCUUGUAAUUCGUUGUCGUGUCUCUAGGGAGACCACAAUCUUCAUAUUGAAAUCUAACGAGUGAAACAGUCGAUGGUCUGGCUCUGACAUGAUUCGUUCAAGAGAAACUACAGUACAAUUAAGGACAAAGAUUGUUUGAGAUGAAAUCUAACGAUGUUUUUAGAUAUCUAGCUUGGAUGUAUUUGCUGGUCCUUCCCCCACAUUGUAAUGACAUCGAAGUUGAUGCUCAUCUCUCUAGCAUCCACACAUCAUCCAUGAUUUUUGGAAAUUUCCCUACUUUCAUUGUGUCUCGAAGACUAAGUACUCCUACUCCCCCUUGAAAAUCUAAAUCUAAUACCGGAAGGUGUGUCGUGUCCCCUAACUUGAGAUGUACAACCACCUUGUAGAAUUAUCCCACAAAGAAUGCCUCUCAGGAGUCUCAACAUGUAAGGACCAUCCCCCAGGCUCAACAUUAUUCCCAAAAGACUCCCGCCGUGUAUGAUUCUAAACACACCUACAUCAUCGAUUUCCACAGAAUGGAGCUCGCAUGCCAACAUGGGGGUUUCACGACUUCGCAC